ACUGCCCCAGCACCUGCAGCUUGCAAAGGGUCCUCUCUGGUGGUGGGAUGGGCCGGGACCUCUGCAGCAGGGUGGCUAGGGGUCAGACAGCAGAAAGAACUGGCCAAACUCAGGUGGAGUGUUGGGGACAAAAGUGCCCUGGCCGGCCUCCAGGGCUGGGGGGAGUAGGUUAGUGAGAGGCCCUGCUUGUCCCUCCCCUUUGAAGCCUCCAGGCACCCCCUCUUACUUCCUCUCCCCACCCCCAUGACUUCUUGGGCCUCCACCCGGCCUUCUAUCCCCGCCGCGCCCCCCCCUCGCGCCCCCCCCAGCCCUGAGCCGGACGCGUCCUUGGUCGGGGGUGGGGGCGGUGGGGGGGGCAGGAAGUUCUCGUGUAGCCCGGCAGCGAAACUGUUUAUUUUUAGAGAAAAUUGUUUCCAUAAAGGGAAAAGGCUUUGCUCCUCGCUGCCUCCCCCCAACUUUCCCUACCGCCCCCCACCCGCACCGCCUGGCCUGACCCAGCUCUGUUUUGGGGUCCCUUACCCUGAUCUCUAUUUCUCUUUGUGCCCCUGUGUCUCUGUCUCCUCCGAUCCUAGCAGGAAGGCUGUCUCCCCACGAGUGCCCCAGCCCUCGGUCCACCUAAGCCCCCAUCUGUCCCAGCAGCCAGCUCUUGCCUGGGCUAAGGGGAGGGGGCUCAGGAAAGGUGGGGCCUGUCAGGCUUAGGCUCCUCCUCGGCCCGGGAGCCUUGUGGAGGCGGGGCUGUGGGAACAGCUGGAGCCUGUCCAGGGGCCGGACAGAUGUGCGGGCAGACUGUGGUCUGACUCACAGUCCCCCAAGUGACCCUUGAGGAGCGUCUGCAGGCAGGAGGAUGGCCCAAGUCCUGCACGUGCCAGCCCCCUUCCCAGGGACCCCCGGCCCAGCCUCCCCGCCCACCUUCCCCUCCAAGGAGCCCGACCUGCCCUACUCCGUGGAGACGCCCUACGGCUACCGCCUGGACCUGGACUUUCUCAAGUACGUGGACGACAUCGAGAAGGGCCACACGCUGCGGCGGGUGGCGGUGCAGCGCCGGCCCCGCCUCGGCUCCCUGCCCCGCGGCCCUAGCUCCUGGUGGACGUCCACCGAGUCCCUGUGCUCCAAUGCCAGCGGGGACAGCCGCCACUCGGCCUACUCCUACUGCGGCCGAGGCUUCUACCCGCAGUAUGGCGCCCUGGAGACCCGCGCCGGCUUCAACCCGCGCGUGGAGCGCACGCUGCUGGACGCCCGUCGCCGCCUCGAGGACCAGGCGGCCGCCCCCACCGGCCUGGGCUCCCUGACCCCCAGCGUGGCUGGCUCGACAAGCUCACUGGUGGGCGUGGGGCUGCCACCCCCGACGCCGCGGGGAUCGGGACUGUCCACGCCGGUGCCGCCCAGUGCUGGGCACCUGGCCCACGUGCGCGAGCAGAUGGCGGGGGCCCUGCGGAAGCUGCGGCAGCUGGAGGAGCAGGUGAAACUGAUUCCCGUGCUCCAGGUGAAGCUGUCGGUGCUGCAGGAGGAGAAGCGGCAGCUCACGGUACAGCUCAAAAGCCAGAAAUUCCUAGGCCACCCGGUGGGAGCCCGGGGGCGCAGCGAGCUCUGCCUAGACCUCCCCGAGCCCCAUGAGGACCCGGUGGUGCUCGAGACCCGGAGCGUGGGCACCUGGGUCCGAGAGCGGGACUUGGGCAUGCCCGACGGGGAGGCAGCCCUUGCUGCGAAGGUCGCCGUGCUGGAGACCCAGCUCAAGAAGGCGCUCCAGGAGCUGCAGGCAGCUCAGGCCCGGCAGGCCGACCUCCAGCCCCAGGCCUGGCCACCACCAGACAGCCCAGUCCGUGUGGACACUGUCCGGGUGGUGGAGGGGCCAAGGGAGGUAGAGGUGGCGGCCAGCACAGCUGCAGGGGCCCCUGCACAGCGGGCCCAGAGUCUGGAGCCCUACGGGGCAGGGCUGCGGGCCCUGGCGACAACCGGCGGGGCCGAGAGCCCUCCUGUGUUCCGCAGCCACGAGGUGGUAGAGACAGUGUUCCCAACACCCCCUGCAUCCACCAGCAACGUCCACCUGGUAAAGAAGAUCAGCAUCACAGAGCGCAGCUGCGAUGGGGCAGCAGGUCUCCCACAGGCUCCUGCAGAGUCAUCCUUGUCACCCCCGGAGUCUGAGGGGGACUCCCUCACGCAGCCAGAGAAGAACACAGGCCUGGUGCCUGCCCACGACGCCACCAACAGGGAGCCUACCAGGCAAGCAGCCCCACAGGAGUCGGAGUCAGAGGAGGCCGGGGGUGCAGGAGGGCCCCAGGCAGGUGUGCCAUCCAUCAUGAAGUGGAAAGAGGAGCCCGCAGACCCCGAGACCCACCGGGGGAGCCUCCAGUUCGUGGGGGUCAAUGGCAGGUAUGAGUCCUCAUCCGAGGAUUCCAGCACAGCAGAGAACUUCUCGGACAAUGAGAGUACAGAGAACGAGGCCCCAGAGCCGGAGGAGAGGGUUCCGAGUGUGGUUGAAGCCCCCCAGCUCAGGCCCAAGGAGACGGCAAAGGCCAAGAUCAGCCGGGAGGAGUGCCAGCUGUCCCAGGAGUCUCAGCAGGCGCCCACAGCUGAGGGGGCAUCGGGAUCAAGUGCAGAAGAGGAGAUCCGGAUGGAGCUCAGCCCCGACCUCAUCUCAGCCUGCCUGGCCCUGGAGAAGUACCUGGAGAACCCCAAUGCCCUCACCGAGCGGGAGCUGAAAGUGGCCUACACCACGGUGCUGCAGGAGUGGCUGCGCCUGGCCUGCCGCAGCGACGCCCACCCAGAGCUUGUGCGGCGCCACCUGGUCACCUUCCGGGCCAUGUCGGCACGGCUGCUGGACUACGUGGUCAACAUCGCCGACAGCAACGGCAACACCGCGCUGCACUACUCCGUGUCCCACGCCAACUUCCCCGUGGUGCGGCAGCUGCUCGACAGCGGUGUCUGCCAGGUGGACAAGCAGAACCGUGCCGGCUACAGCCCCAUCAUGCUCACCGCCCUGGCCACCCUGAAGACCCAGCAUGACAUCGAGACUGUCUUGCAGCUCUUCCGGCUCGGAGAUGUCAAUGCCAAAGCCAGCCAGGCGGGGCAGACAGCCCUGAUGCUGGCGGUCAGCCACGGGCGGGUGGACGUGGUCAAAGCCCUGCUUGCCUGCGAGGCGGACAUCAACGUCCAAGAUGAUGACGGCUCCACAGCCCUCAUGUGUGCCUGCGAGCACGGCCACAAGGAGAUCACGGCGCUGCUGCUGGCUGUGCCCAGCUGCGACAUCUCUAUCACCGACCGCGACGGGAGCACGGCUUUGAUGGUGGCCUUGGAUGCAGGACACAGUGAAAUUGCAUCCAUGCUGUACUCUCGCAUGAACAUCAAGUGCUCGUUUGCCCCGAUGUCGGAUGAGGAGAGUCCUGCGUCAUCCUCCGCAGAAGAGUAGCCGUGAGAGGGGCCCGAGGCGCCUCUCCCGGGGGCCAGGCAGCCCCAGAGCGAACCAUCCCUGGUCCCUCAUCCCCUCCCUGGCCGGCCCCCACUCUACCCACCAAGGCCCAAGUCUCAAAUGCAAGUGGGGUUUUCUUCUGCUUCCCCAGGGAGCCCCCAACAGCUCUGAGACUUCAGCCGAAAGCAGGUUUUUCCCAGUACCCCGGUUCAAAGCAGCCGCAGCGCAGACCGAAGCUAAAUUCUUAUAUAAAUUGGCGCCAGUGGCUGAUGCUGGGGCGUGGGUUUGCGAAGAACGCUGAGAACAAUCAACUGGCAAUUAAGGAUGGAGGAGGGUGAGAGGGAGAAAUAUUGUAUUUCUGAAUCAUGUUCGGGGAAGGGGGGAAAAUUUGAAAGUCACUGGAAUCGCGUAUUUUCAUUUUAAUCCUCAAUGUGAUUACGCACGGAUCACGUCUGGAGUGGCCUAAUGCGCCCCCUCCCCCGCUCGCUCCCCUACAUUUAAUUGUUUGGUAUAUAAUAGCAUUUUGUCCACUUCGCCCUCCCCAGACGGCUUUCUUGGUGGAAUUUUCUUCUGGUUUCUUCACAAAGCAGACCCUGUCUUUGUCACCCGGGGCAGGAAGUUUAGUCGUUUCUUCUGCCUUCAUGUUGCCGCUGCCAGCGUCUCCCACGCCCUCAUUCAGGUGGGGGACUCAGGACCCAGCAGCCAAGGUGUGCAAGUAGUUCAUAUCGAGAGAUUACCCAGAAAUCCGUCCCCUCCCCACAUGGGGGCCCUGGCAAAUACUCAUUUUCCUAGAAAAUCCUUUAGAUGUGGAGACGCAGGAAAUGAAUCCAGUCCCCAGAGUGGUCCCUGCAUCCCUAGGCUUAGAACGCCAGUAGCAGGGCCAUCCUUUUUCUCCCCAGACUCCAGAAUUUCUCUCCUCAAAGGAAAAAAAACAGGGCAUGAGACUGUUGGCAAAGCAUAGGACCAGUUCCAAAAACUCCAUGUGUGCUCGAUUAAAAGUUGGCUGCCCCCAAGGGCUCCCAGUGCAAACUUAAAGAGACAGGGCUUUGCCGAAAACCAAACAAGGGCCAGCUGGGUUUUUUUUUUUUUUUUAAACAACAUACAGGCUUUCCAGAGCUGCCUGGAACGGAGCCUGCUGGAAACGGGGCUCUCCCAACACACGUAGUUUCCUGCAUGGCCUAUUUUGUCCCCAGAAUCUCAACAAAGUUUUCUUUCCUGUUCCUUCCUUUUGUGACCAAAAAAAAAGAAAAAAAAAGGGAGGGGGGAAGGGGGACAGGUUCCGAGCGUCGAAAAGUGCCUUGUGACCAGGGAGUAAGAUCCCUAGUUCUUAGGUGUCCUGCCCUCUCUUGUCCAGUUCUCAGCUUAGCUGCUGGAGUGGAAGCCAAAACCCCAGCAGGACAGAGCAAGCCCUCGGCACUUACACGUUCAUUCAAUAAAGCCAAGUGCUGGCUUCUCUCCUAGAAAAGUAGGUUUCCUGGCUUGAUGGAGUCUGGCUUGCUUUGGUUUUGAUGGAAGGGAUGGUACCUAAGACAAGAGAGCUUAAAUGGUCAAAGGAGAGAGACGUGUGUGUGUGUGUGUGUGUGUGUGUGUGUGUGUGUGUGUGUGUGUGUGUGUGUGUGUGUGUGUGUGUGUGUGUGUGUGUGUGUGUGUGUGUGUGUGUGUGUGUGUGUGUGUGUGUGUGUGUGUGUGUGUGUGUGUGUGUAAAUGGCGAGGAAACGAAAGAAACCCAAGCUGACUGGGGAUGACCACUGACGAAGGCCACAGCUUUGGGCAGCUUUGAGAAGCGGUACAAGACUUGUGUGCCUGUGUGUCUGGCCCUGGAGCCGGUGGGUGUGUUUAUUUUAAGCUUUUAGAAGCAGUUCAUUGACACCCCCUAUAAGUCCAUAGUUAUCCCUGUGUUUCCUUCUCCCCAGCUUACCCACUGGACUUGGCAUGGUAGGCUACAGGGGGUCCUGCCUCUGAUCCCACUCUCUUCUCACAUGUAUUCAUGACCUUUAACUUCACUUUCCAACCACGGUACGUCCAUAAAGACAGUAUUACACUUAAAUGAAGUAUUCUUUUUUGUAAUCGUUUUUUUAGAAAGUAAAGGAAUUUAAUAAAGCUACCUUAUGAUUAUGCCAAA